AUGGAAGAGAUCAGAAGUGAUGAUAUAGAGAAGCAAGAUGAAGCUAUGUUACCUGGCUUCAGGUUUCAUCCAACGGAUGAAGAGCUUGUCAGGUUCUAUCUUAAAAGGAAGAUCCAGCAGAAGUCUCUUCCCAUUGAGCUUAUUAGGCAGCUGGACAUCUACAAGUUUGAUCCAUGGGAUCUCCCAAAACUAGCAAGUACCGGAGAGAAGGAGUGGUAUUUCUACUGCCCAAGGGAUAGGAAGUAUCGGAACAGCACAAGGCCUAACAGGGUAACUGGAGCUGGCUUCUGGAAGGCCACUGGAACCGACAGACCAAUUUACUCCUCCGACGGGAGCAAGUGCAUAGGCUUGAAAAAAUCGCUCGUCUUUUACAAGGGUAGAGCGGCCAAAGGCGUUAAAACCGACUGGAUGAUGCAUGAGUUUCGGCUGCCAUCACUCACCGAUCCUUCCUUUCCACAGAAGAAGCCACUGGAGAAGACUAUUCCACCAAAUGAUUCCUGGGCCAUCUGCAGGAUUUUCAAGAAAACCAACGCCACAGCACAGAGAGCGCUCUCACACUCAUGGGUC